UUCUUCCCGCGUAUGCUGCCUCGUUACCCCCGUCGGCGCAUUAUCAUCUUCACUAAACUUGGGUCGGCGUUAGAUCACCUAGAUUGGGGAUGACUCCGAGCGCUGUUGAUAGCAAGGGUAGCAACACUAAGAUGGCGGAAGAAGCUCACCACUGUCGUUCGUCUCAAUUACUUUCCUCCCAGCCUCCUUGGCUAGCGACGCGUUUCUUAACUCGCUUUCAUCAUGGCUUUGAGACAGCGCUUAAGGAACAUCGAUGAGAAAGUACGCCUUCGUGGAGACGAUGCGAAGCAUGAGCAGACAGAUGCAUGGAGCAACCGCGAUUUAAUCCCUCUCCCGCCGGAACGUAGGACAUGGGGCUGGUUCAAUUUCUUCGGGUUUUGGGCGAUUUCAUCGCUGAACCUCGCGAACUGGCAAACACCAAGCACCUUCUUGACUAUGGGUUUAUCUGUCUCACAGUCUAUUCUUAUCAUCGUUGUGAGCUGUCUAUUGAUCGCUUUCUUCUCCACACUUAUUGCUUGGGUUGGAUUGAAGUGGCAUAUUGGCUUCACGGUACAGAACAGGUAUAGUUGGGGUAUGCGCGGGAGCUUCAUACCUUUGUCGCAGAGAAUCCUGCUCAACUUUAUCUGGAACGCCGUUCAAUGUUGGAAUGGUGGCCGUCUAGUCGCUGUAUGCUUGACCGCGAUCUGGCCUUCGUAUGCACGCAUGCCAAAUACUUUUAGCCCCAACUUCCCUGCUACCACCGACCAGUUUGUGGGAUUCGUCGUGUUCUGGUUCAUAUCGACACCGUUCUUGUGGCUGCGACCGGAGAAGUUCAAGAUCCCGUUUCUCAUAGUCUGCCUCUGGUGCGGCAUCGGAAUGUUGGCAUGGAUGAUCUGGGCAGUGACGACUGCUAAAGGUGUAGGCCCUCUAUGGAAUGCUGGCGAGAACAUUCCUUCGGGUUCCGCUUGGGGCACCUCGUGGCUCAUCAUGGCUGGCAUCAAUCAAAGCCUUGGCGGAAUUGCGGCAGGCAUCACGAAUGGCAGCGACUUCUCACGCUAUUCACGUGGAAGAACACCCUACAUGGUCGGUACUAUCACUAGCUGUGUCAUCACCAGCGUCAUUGUCUCUCUAGUUGGUCUUGUUACGACUGCUUCGGGACAAAAGUUGUAUGGAGAGAUCUAUUGGAACCCACCGGAUCUACUCAUGCGCAUGAUGGACAACGGCAACGGCUCAUCGAAGGCACGUGCGGGGGUAUUCUUCCUGGCUGCAGGUUUCGCAUUUACCGCAAUGUUCGAGAACAUUUGCGGAAACGCUGUCUCUGGCGGAAUCGACCUGGCUGGCCUUUUUCCACGUUACAUCAACAUACGUCGUGGUGCUAUCAUUACCUUUGUGGCGGCAUGGGUUGUUCAACCCUGGCAGCUUAUCAACCGCGCCACUACAUUUAUCGCCGUACUGUCUUCCUUUUCGGUCUUUUUGGCACCAAUUAUCGGCAUAAUGGCAUGCGACUACUUCCUCUUGCGAAGGAGAAGGAUCCGCUUGAGUCAUUUAUAUCGAACGGAAAACUCGUCGUAUUGGUUCACCAAAGGCUUCAACUGGCGAGCGAUACCCUCAUGGCUAUGUGGCUGGAUCCCGACAAUUGGAGGUCUUAUAGUGACAGUAAGAGGAGAUGUCGAUCCACCACGGGCUUUGGUACAGCUCUACAAUAUGGCCUUCUUCAUAGGAUUCUUCAUCAGCGCUUUUAUCUUCUACGUUCUUAACAAGAUCUUCCCAGUCCCUGACAUGGACCAGAUCGAUCCCAUCGAUCUAUAUGGUACCUUCACAGAAGCGGAGGCAAAGCGAGCUGGUGUAGCUCCGCUAGACAACAGCCCUAUUUUGGGAGGGGUAUCUGGGCGAAGAUCGACCGAGCAUGUUGUCAUUCAUGCAGAGAAGGAUGUGUGAGUGGGGUAGACUUAUAGAUUAGGAACCAUGUAGAAUUCGUCACAUGGAGGCUUGCAAAGUAGGCUCGCCCAAUCAUUUCGCGUUUCACAGCCUAGCGACGCCGCAAUACUGCAUAAACAUCGCGCCAAAGAGCUAUCGAGGACUUAUAGGGUUUGGCCGGAUGGCGGG